AGUAUGAAUAUAAAAUCAAACCGUGCUUCAAGUUCAUUCACAUUCUGUUAAUAAAUGAGAUACAAACACUGUAGAAUUGAUAAGAAAUGAACAAUGAGCAGUUUCUGGAUUUUACUUUUCAUCUUCAGCACCAUGUACACAGUCCAUCCUGGUAGACACUGGGUUACUGCACAAUCUCUAAGAAAGCCACCAGUUUAUCAGCCUGAUAAAGAGCUCAGUGUGAAUAUCGGAGACUCGGCGACUCUACAGUGUUGUAUUUUUGAAAAUGUAGUUGGAAUAAUUACAUGGUUUAAGCAACCAAAGAGAGAAAAACCUCAGAUUGCAGUUACAGUGUUUAAAAGUGCUGGAGAAACUUUUCACACUGGAUUCCAAGAGUCUCAUUUUCGAAUAGAAAGAUCUUCAAACUGCUGCAAUAUCACAAUUUUAAAAAUAACUCAGUCUGAUGAAGCCAUGUACUACUGUGCAGUGACGAGACCCAACAUUGUGUUUGGAGAUGGAACUUAUUUACAAAUUAAAGGUGAUCAUGUUACUAUUGCAUCAGAAACGUCUACAGCAGCUCUGUGUGAUCAUUCAGUGGUGUGUGAACCAACACUGCAUGGAAACAUCAAUAACACUAACACUAACAACACCACACAGCAGAACACAGAACCAGAAAUGAUCAGAUCUCUACAUCGGACAGUGAUCGGUUUGGGAUCGGCUUUGGGUCUUUGCGCACUUCUGAUUUUCUGUCUCACUUAUUUCAUACUGAGGAGAAGAAAAGGUGAUAAAAUAAAUGCUUCUAUUGAAGAUUCUCCAGGAACAAAGCAGGAAUCUGAAGCUGAAUCACUGAAUUAUGUGGCUUUGCAAUUCUCCAAGAGGAAAACCAAAGCUGAAAAAAGAAAACCCGUCUCAUCAGAUGAGUGUGUGUACACUCAUGUGAAAUACUCUGUAAAAUGUAACAGAUAUAAUUUAUAAUCCAUGGCAGAAAAAUUAGCCGUAUGUCACGUCACGUAAAUUGGGUAAAUUAUGACAUAUGAUGCUUUAACAGAAAAGUCUAGAAAUGAUCCUAUAUUUUGUUUAUACUAAUCUAAUAAUAAGAAUUAUAUUUAAGUUGCAUGAAUUUUAGUUUAUUUUUAAGCUUAGAUGCAGUUCUCCUCUUAAGGAUUUAUUUCUGUGUUCAUGGUUAAAUGAACUACUCGUGUUUAUUUAUUUGUUUUA